AUGGGCAAGAGGAGCAAGCGGCCAGCCGACAGCUCGUCCUCGGGAGACGAGGAGGAGUAUGUGGUGGAGAAGGUGCUGGACCGGCGCGUGGUGAAGGGCCAGGCCGAGUACCUGCUCAAGUGGAAGGGCUUCUCCGAGGAACACAAUACUUGGGAGCCAGAGAAGAACCUGGAUUGCCCGGAGUUGAUCUCGGAGUUUAUGAGAAAAUAUAAGAAGAUGAAGGAAGGCGACGGGAACAAACCGCGGGAGAAGGCGGAGGGCGCCAAGAGGAAAGGGCUGCCUGCCGGCGGGGAGGACGUCAAGGCCAAGAAGAAAAGGGAG